GAGAGUGCCAAGCUCCGCUCGAGUUUGACUUGACGCCGCAAGCCACAUCUAAGCGAAGACGCUCUUGCAAUCAGCUGCAAGUAGCUAAAAAUUGGAGCUCUCCUUCCAUUUUCCUACUCGGUCAUGAAGAGCAUCUUCUUCACCGCGACGUCGCACAAUCCGCUCGAGGAGGGGACGGCGUUGGUGCCACCGGUUCCGGUGGAGAAUGACGAGGACGGCGGCGGCGGCGGUCCGGUGCCGCGAACCCGGCGGUCGUCGUCAUUGGCGAUGAUCUUGCGGGCGAGGGGCCUGAGGUCCAUCAUGGCUGGCCUCGUCGUUCUUGGCUUGCUGGUAUGCGCAUCCAGAUGGAUGGACCUCGGCGCUACGUCACCACUACGAGGCAACACGGUCAGCAUCGGCGCCGGCCAACGUCGACGUCACCAUAAUUCUACGGCGCCCCUCGUACCGAUACCAUUCACCUGCGGCAACGAGACGUCACCGCAGCCGCCGAAAUGCCCUGGAACACCAGCACCGCCGCCGUCGCCGCCGCAGCCAACCCCCGGCGGCGGCCCGGCGCCGUCGUGCCCGGAUUACUUCCGCUACAUCCACGAGGACCUGCGGCCGUGGCGCGGCGCGGGUAUCACGCGCGAGGUGGUGGAGCGCGCGCGGCCGCACGCCUUCUUCCGGCUGGUGGUCGUGGGCGGGCGCGCGUUCGUGGAGACCUACCGCCGCGCGUACCAGAUCCGGGACGUGUUCACGCAAUGGGGCAUCCUGCAGCUGCUCCGCCGCUACCCCGGCCGCGUCCCGGACCUGGACCUCAUGUUCGCCUGCGACGACCCGGGCCAGGUGCGCGCCGCCGACUUCCCGGCGCCGGCCGAGGCGCCGCCCGUGUUCCGGUACUGCAAGGAUGCGUCCACACUCGACGUCGUGUUCCCGGACUGGUCCUUCUGGGGAUGGCCGGAGGUGGGCAUCCGGCCUUGGACGCAGAUGCUGGAGGAGGUGGGGAAGGAGAACGAGCGCUUGCGGUGGCCGGAGAGGCAGCCCUACGCGUUCUGGAAGGGUAACCCCGAGGGCUACCGGAUUCGCCACGAGCUCCUGAGAUGCAACGUCUCCAACGGCCAGGAAUGGAACGCCCGCGUCUUCACCCAGAACUGGAAUCAUGCAAUUCAAAACGGGUUCAAAGAUUCAAGAAUACCAAAGCAAUGCAUAUACAGGUACAAGGUUUACGUGGAGGGAAACGCAUGGUCAGUGAGCGAGAAGUACAUUCUGGCGUGCGACUCGCCGGUGCUGUUCAUCACGACGCCGUUCCAGGACAUCCUGUCCAGGGGUCUCGUCGCCGGCGAGCACUACUGGCCCAUCAACCGGGACCACGUCUGCAAGUCCAUCAAGUUUGCCGUCGACUGGGGCAACGAGCACCCGGCGCAGGCGCGGCUCAUCGGCGAGCAGGGCAGCCGGUUCGUGAGGGAGGAGAUGAGCAUGGACUACGUCUACGACUACAUGCUCCACCUGCUCACCGAGUACGCCAAGCUGCUCCGGUACAAGCCCACCGUCCCGGAGAAGGCCGUCGAGAUCUGCACCGAGUCCAUGGCGUGCCCGGCCCAGGGCCUGCACCGGGAGUGCAUGAUGGACUCCAUGGAGAGGCACGUCGCCGGCUUCGACCCGUGCACGCUGCCGCCGCCGUUCACCGAGGAGGAGGCCAAGGAGAUCGCCGAACGGGAGGCGGAGGUGCUGAGGAAAGUAGAGAAGAUGGAGGGCUAACAGUAUGUACACAGUUUAGCUGGAGACGUGCUAUUGAUGUAGACAUCGUGGGUGAGUUAAUAACAAGAUAAAAUUGCAAAAAUCACCCAUGUCAUUAUAUUAUGACGAUCA